CGAUAAUCAGGUUCAAAUUUGGGAUCUGGCGAGAGUUUUGUCGUGAAAAAGUGUCCCUUGAAGUGUUCGCAUGAUCCGGGGAAGGAAAAUCCGGAGCACACGAUCACCGUGUAUGUUAAGGAUAUCUGCGAUAUGUAGGUAAAGCUGACAACAAACUAAUUUUGUGUUUUGAACAAAAUUGAAAAUGACGAUGGUUUCGAAAAUUAGAACGACAUUACUGUUCGUUCUAUUGUCACUGUGUGAAUACAUUUCCGGUCAAAGCUUUCCGAGCGGAUGUUCAUACAGCAGCGCCACCGGAACUCCUGGGAUAUUCACAUGCGACUUUGCGUCGGUGACACUUCCUCUAACAUUCAGCACGUUCAGUUCCCCGUAUCCUCAGCGCCUCGUUAUCAAUAACAUCGAUGGACAACUUCCGGCUUCCUCCCCAAGUGCUAGCUUUUCCGGAUUCAGUAGUAUGUCCACAGCAAACCUGGACACAAACUACCCUGCCAGUUUGGAAGUCAAAUGUACGACAAAUGGGAACCUGGUUCUGUUUGCUGGAACAUUCUCUGGGCUGAGUUACAUGCAGGAACUGAAGAUAACAAACUGUAUCAUGUCAGGUGGUCUUCCAAACAACGUCUUCUCCGACUUCGGCGAUCUCGACUCUCUAAUCAUCGACGGCGGUUCAAUUAGCAGCCUUAAUGCCGACAGCCUGUCUGGGUUGAACAUCACCAAACUGUCCAUCCCUAACGCCAUGGGGAUGUUUGCCAUGACGAAUCUUGCCCUGAGCACAAAUACAUUCCCCAGCGGCUUCUUCUAUCCUCUGAGCAAAGUGAAGUCCAUCGUACUGGACAAUUUAGCCACGUCUUCGGCACUGUCUCUGCCCGCCGAUACCUUCACACAGAACACGAUGAUGGAGACGCUAUCCCUAUCACACAACAGUUUGACCAGUCUCCCAAACAACGUCCUGUCGACUUUGGGGGCCCUAAACUACCUCAACCUGACAGGGAACAACUGGGAAUGCACGUGCGACAACCUCUGGAUCCUCACCACCAUCAGCACCAAGGCUAUCGACGUCGUAGGGGGUAUUGUGUGUAGCUCCCCGUCAGAUUAUGAAGACAAAAGGGCGACUACCUAUUAUUACAACGUGUGCCCACAAGACGACGCCUGUCAGGGAACUCCUGGUGUGGUACUCGGCGGAGAAUGUAUAACAUAUCCCAUGUUGUUCGGAGACGGAGGCGCUAAUCUGGUCAUUUUGAUUUUAUCGUGUGUCAUACUAAUCAGCGUUCUGAAAACGAAAAAGAAAGUUAAAGAGCAUCCUAGAGAAGUGACAUCAAUCAAUAUUUCAACUCGGGGCUACAGAUUCACCAGGGGCAAGAAAGACGCGGCGGCUAGGGCCAAGGAGCAGCCCAGCGAUCUCCGCUGGAUCUAACAUGGUAACGAGAUUCCUAUCAGUCUCCACAGGAUGUAACGUGGUAACGAGGUUCUUAUCACUUUCCACGGGAUAAAACCAUUUGGGAACCUUCGGCAUUUUCUGUAAACGAGAAAAGUGUGCCGAAUGUUCCCGAUUGGGGAUAUUACGUGGUGACGAGGUUCGAAUGAGCCUCCAUCGGAUCUAAUGUGGUGACGAGCAACCCAACAGUUUCCGCCGGAUAUGACAUAUCACUGACUCCAUUGGAUUUAAACUAUCGCUGUUAGGACACAAAACAAGGACUUAAAUAUUGUGUGAAGUUUGGACCCAACUUUUUUUGAGACUCGCUUUUUAUUCGACACGUAAUUGUACCGUAUAAAGUGUUUGAAGUUUCGAAAUGAUAGCGGCCACUGUGUUCGUUUUGUGUAGAACCCUGUCAAUACCAGUGUCAGAGGUUUAGGUUACAGAGGAGUUGAUUAUGUCUACUUUCAUGUGUUUUGAAAUAUAUAUCCAAGUGUGCCAAAUUGUGAACUUCACUCGGUCAUCAUAAUUCCAUCUAACUAAAGUGUGUACGGUGUACAGUUUACAAUGUAAAAUACACUUUACUUACUAUUUCCGGUACGCUGUCAGAAUUGUAGUUGUUCUUUUAUCAACAAUAAAAAUCAUUGUUGAGA